AUGAAUAUCGUUUUCCAAGACAUGCAAGAGCAUGUAUUAUGCUUUGGCGAUGAUAUCAUCAUAUUCUCUAAAGAUAUGCAUACACAUACAGCACAUGUUGCACAAGCUAUCGAGGACUUAACACAAGUAAAUCUUAUACUCAACCCUGAUAAGUGCCAUUUUGCACAAAAAGCUGUAUAUCUACUGGGUUUUUGUGUUUUGGCUGAGCGCGUUACACUUGAUCGCAGAAAGGUUGCCAAUAUUGCCACAUGGCCAGUGCCUCAAACAGGCAAAGACAUACAACGAUUUUUAGGUGUGGUGAAUUACUUUCGCGAGCACAUACCUAAUAUCUCCUCUAUUACUGCAGCAUUAGAUGGUUUUCGCCAUGCUGGCAACAUUACCCAUUUAUGGACCACUGCCCAUUCCAAUGCCUUUGUCACCCUGCAAGAGAUACUCAAAAGAGCCCCCUUGGUACGAUAUCCAGACCUACGACACCCUUUUUCGGUAGCCACCGACGCCUCAAAUGUGGGCAUAGGCGCUGUGUUGUACCAAGUUAUCAAUGGUGAAACCCACCACAUUGCUUUUAUGGCUAGAGUUCUGUCCAAAUCAGAGCGAAACUAUUCGACAACUAAACGAGAGCUCUUAGCCAUUGUAUACGCGCUUGACAAAUUUCACAAAUACCUUUGGGGCAAUCACUUUACCCUAUAUACAGACCACCGCGCAUUAACUUAUCUCCACACGCAACGUGUUGCGAACCCAAUGAUGAUCAAUUGGCUUGAUCUCCUCUUACAAUACAAUUUUGAUAUCAUACAUCUACCUGGCCUUGACAACAUACUCCCAGAUCAAUUGUCUCGUCUUUUCCCUUCAGGCAAAGAGCUGGAGGAGGGCAUAGAGAGUAACAUUGUCACAAGAGCCAUUGAUGUACAGAAUGCAGAAGAUGAUUUACAGGAUAUGAUUCAACCACCAGAAGAAGAAAGGCAGCACAUAUUAGAGCAGCAGCACUUGUUUGGCCAUUUCGGAGCAAAUGCCAUGGUACAAGCGUUGCACAGCAACGGAAUACAUUGGCCCAAUAUAAACAAAGAAGCAGCUGACACAGUUAAGAAAUGCACAGAAUGCCAAAAAUUCAACAUUGUAAAAAAGGAUACCACCCACUUAGACCUAUACAUGCAUUCCUCCCAGCAGACCACUGGGCAAUAA